AUUUGCUGUCGAUGUUUGCUGUGAUGGUGAGUAAUGGUGACUGGGUAUUCGUAGUGUUUGCAACAUACAACGCGCUUUGCUUGAGCCAGACAGUGCAGUGUACGCUUUUGGUGGAGAAUAAUCAACAAAUCAAGGUGGGUCGAAAAAGAGGAACACUUUUUAUUAUAUUUUUAGCCUUUCACCAUCAGAGCAGGGCAGAGUUAGUGUCGACUACAAGCAGUAGUGCUACCGUAGCAGGAUAUUUUGGGAUUAUGGAGUCGUGGAAUCGUGGAAUCGUGGAAUACUGGAAUACUGGAAUAAACAAUCCAUUACGAGAAUAGUAGGAUGUGCACAGGAUAGUUUAUUUACUUGUUAUUUCAUCGCAAAGAUAAACAAAAACAAAAGCAGAUUUGUUACAAUUAUGACCGAGACUGUACAUAGCGAAAAGAAAAUCAAUAUUAAACAAUAAAUAUUAGCGAA